AUGGACAUCGAAAGUGGCAUUCCACCGACACUUUGGUUGAGCUACUGCCAUUUGCCUGCGCAUUUGAAGCGAUGCUUUGCAUAUUGCUCUGUAUUCCUGAAAGACUGUAAGAUAGAGAAAGAUAAAUUGAUCAAGCUGUGGAUGGCCCAAAAUCUCAUCCGACCCAACAGAAGGAGAGCGGUGGAAGAUGUCGGCAAAGACUACUUCAAUCAUCUAGUAGGCUGCUCAUUGUUUGAAAGUAUAGAAGACGAUGACGUUGGUGUCAUCACCUUUAAGAUGCAUGAUCUUGUGCAUGAUCUCGCUUAUUUCGUCGCAAAAGGGGAAUGUGGCAGUUUGGAGAUUGGGAAGCCAGGCCGCCAUCUAUCAUUGAUUCUUGACGAUGUCGUAUCAUAUGAUCUCACCCCAUUAUUCAGUGUGAAGAAAUUGUGCACGCUCUUACUCUCUGCACCAGCCGAAGUCGAGGCCAUCCUCGACAGUCUAUUCCACCGUCUGCUUCAUCUCAGGACGUUGGAUCUAAGUGGCUCCUUUCCUCAAAUAUUGUCAAGUUCAAUUGGGGAGCUGUCGAUCAGGAUCUUGGAGAAAGUAGCGAGCGUGGAUGAGGCCAGAGAGGCAGAGUUAGAGAGGACAUCCCACCUUCGUAGCUUCUCUUUACAUUGGGAUGUUGGUCCUAAGCCAGUGUUUGAUGGUAUAUUAACAAGUUGUGAGAUGAAGAUGCCGAAGCUAGGUUUCGAAGAGUUGGGGAGGCUGGACGCCAUAUUCGAAGGGCUUCGACUACCUCAAAUGAAUUUGAAAGAGUUGGAAAUAAUCUAUUAUCCUGGUUCUAGGUUCCCUAGUUGGAUUGGCAAUCUGUUCUUCGCCGGCCUAAUCAGGGUGACACUAUCACAUUGUGAAAAUUGUAGCCAGCUGCCUGCCCUUGCGCAUUUACCGUCUCUUCGAUAUCUCUAUAUAUCGGAGAGUGAUGAGAAGAGGGAGUUGACAGUGGAAAAUGACAACAAGGAGAACGUCGCAAUGCCGUCGCUAAUCAAUGAUUAUCAUGCGGUGCCCCAAGUUGAAGAGGUUGCCCCACCAGCUUCCUCAAAGCCUAAGGAUAAAGUGACCCAGCUAUCAUGUCAUCUUCCAUCACUCAAAGAUUUGGUUGUCGAUGGCCAAAUCUUAUCAUGGCCAUUGCCGGACCUCUUCGGUCUCAAGUUUUUAACGGUACUGAACCUUCCAGUUUGA